AUGAUUUUGGCACAAUCUUGUACUUCUAAUUUCCUAAAACCACCCAUGUCCUAUCAAGACAGUAUCAAUUCGAAAGCAUCUUCCUAUGUGUGUCCAGUUGGAUUUGCCAAUGGUUUUGACCAGAGUAGUGGUAAUCGUACGUGUCUCACCACUUCUCAAAUUCUCUCCAAUUUGGGAAAGAUUUGUACAGGUACUCAGACAGCAUCGACGUGUGGUCCAACAUGGCUCACGUGUCCUACUUCGACCAUGAGAUGUACCUUCAGACGUACAAGAAUGUUGGGUGAGUAUUGCACAGUUCGUGAGAAUUGUGUGGGUAGUUAUGGUACGAUCACUGCUGGAACGAAUUGUGUGAAUCAUCGAUGUGUGAGUAUGACCGUCGUGGCAAAUAUUAAGGAAGAAGGUAAACCAUGUCGAGGUGGAGCCAUCGAUCUUGAUCAGAAUAUCAUGUACGAUUGUGCCACACCGGGAUAUGAGUGUGUGGCUGAUGUCUGUUUGAAAAUUGUCAAGAAUACGGAGGGUGGACCAUGUGCCACGGCAGCCAAUAAUGUACGUCAAGAAUGUGCCACUGGUUUUGGUUGUUACAAUGACGUGUGUAAGGCUCAAACCAUGUUGAGUAAGGGACAGAAUUGUACAGCUGUUCCAGAAACGACUGUGUGUGGAACUGGUUUGGUGUGCAAGAAGGCAUCUUCGAGUGCAACCUAUAAAUCGUGUGAGGUUCCAUCCGUGUAUGGAGAAUUCUGUGAGUCUGCUUCCGAUUGUUACAAAUUACCAGUACUUCAAAUGAGAUGUAGUAAGAACAAGUGCAUUCGAAGAUAUUCUCAAUUUGAUGGAGUCGAUUGUGAGAGUCAUCAAGAUUGUUUCUCUGGAUAUUGUCAAGCUGGAAAAUGUGCAAGUCCUAUCAAUUUGCCAUGCAGUACCACACAGGCUUGUCCCUCUGGAACUGAUUACAAAUGUGGUUGUGGAGGAGCAACGAGUGCUUCACCUUUUAAUGGAACUUGUGUGCCACCUUGCAAUGGUUAUCAACAAGAUUUCUUAUCAUGUGCCUAUAACAAUGGUCUCGAUGAAUUGACGACGAGUUAUGCCAUUUCCAAUCAACUCCAUCCUGUGGAUUCCAACUCGACACUCUUGACAAAAGCCUGUAGUCGAGAAUAUAAGAAUUUAUUGAAGUGCUACAUUAAGGCUUGGAAAGAUGUGGGAGUCUAUAAUGGAGAGAAUCUCGUACCUGGUGUGGAUUUGAGUGGAGCAUUGGAACAACCGACCUAUGUCGUUCAACCUGUGGUGGGAAGAAAUAUUUCAUCACCAUCUCCCAAGACAAGUGCUCAAAUUAGUGAAGGAAACUCGAACCGAACAGGAAUCUUCUCAAUGUUCCUUGGUUUAUUCCUUGUCAUGUGUAUUGCUUUCAUGAACAGUUCUUUCUAA